GCCUAAAUUUUUUCAAGGGUUAAGGAUCUGGACCAGGGUUUUUUUUCCUCUUCUUGAGCUGGUGUCCUAUGUACCAGUUUAGCAACUGUUUGAGCAAUAGAUCCAAGCGUGGGAAAGAAGAGUUGACUAUGAUGGUCAAAUGGCUAUUGAAUCUUAUGUAGAUCAAGUGAAGAAUUCUUGCCCUAUAGUUCCACUGAUAAUCCCUCUUGUCCCCUGUUUUAGAUGUGUGGUCUGGAGAAACAAAUAUAAAUCAUUAUUCAAUAGAUAGAAAACAUUCUGCUGCUUACUGGUGAUAUGAGUGGAAGUGGCAGAAAACGUUCUUCUAAGUGGGAUUUGAAAGAAGAGCGCCAGCAUUCUCUUGAAAAUGUUCGAGAAAGUUUUCGGCCUGUGAAAGCAGGUUUGUCUUAUCGUGACAGAGAAUUAGAACGUGGAUGGUUCCCACCAGAUGUUGCUGGUAGGAAUGGUAACAAGUGGUCUGUUAUGGAGAGCAAUGAAAUGAUUAAAUCUAAACACAGAUCCCCUUCUAGAGAACCUUUACCUGUAAACAGAGGCUCUUACAAGAGUGAUGGCAUUGAUGUUGACAGCAUGAAAAUGUCUCCUGGUUUUGACGAUUGGAGACAGCAAAAUCGUCGCCAUUCUCCUAAAAGUGAUUGGAAUAGAACUCGCAGAAGCAGGAGUAGGAGUUGGAGCAGAAGCCGAAGCCCGAGCAGGAGCCAGAGCCAAAGCCCUAUCCGUGGCUUUAGGCGACAAUCAGGAUUCCAUGAAAAAGGUAGAAUCAGAUCGGGAGUAUCAACUCAAUUGUGUAAAGACUUUGGUGUUGGGAGAUGCAGAAGAGGUAGUCAGUGUCCGUUCCUUCACCAUGAGAUUCAAAGUCAUGAGGAUAGUUGGGAUAACAAACGUAGGAAAUCUGUUGCUACGAAGCAUUUUGUUCCUAAUGAUUCAAAGGAGUUUAUUAUGAAGGGUGAAAGAUCUACUAAUUGCUGUACUGAGUAUCUAAAAGGAAACUGUCGGAGGGGGGCAUCUUGCAGGUUUGUCCAUGAUGGUGCUUCAGAUGUUUUUGGUAGAGGAUCAAUGAAUGAGGUGACAAGCGAAAGGGAUAUAAGGAACAGAGAUGCUUCUCCAGAGGGUCGUGUUGAGCAGGCACCUCGACGGAACACUGAUAUUCCCUGCAAAUUUUUUGCUGCAGGAAGUUGUCGAAAAGGGAAAUAUUGUAGGUUUUCCCAUCAUGUUCAGGCACGUAUUAGCCCUGAAAGAAGGUCACGUGAUGAUAGGCGGGAACAGGGCAGCAAUGUAGAGGAUAUGGAUAAAUUAUGGGAUGCUCCAAAACUGAGUGAUGCAGAUGCUUCAAAUGGUGUGAAGAGACCAUGGAGUGAACCAAAGUGGACUGAUACUGACACUGUAAAUGAUGCAGAGAAAUCAUGGAAUGGUCCAAAAUGGAGUGAUACAAAUACUUAUAUAGAAGCUGUGAAGUUGACAGAGGAGAAAAAUGGUCAAAUGGGUGACUCUGGACCAAGAAUCUCUGGUUGGUCUACGGACCACAGGUUGGACCAUGGUUCUGACAUAAAUGGAGCACUUAGUGAGCCAAAAGUGAGUCGUGUAACAGUUGAUAGUAACAAGAAGGAAGCACUUCAGAGGAAGAUGGAAAAUGCUAGUGUUAAUGUUGGCCAUUCAGAACCAAGGGGUACUAAUGAAUUGCUUGUUGAUAUGGAGAUGUCUCCUGAAUGGAAUUACACAAUUCGACCUUCAAAUAAUGCUUUGAAGCAAGAGUCUUUAUCAACUCAUGAACAAGCUACAAGUAAAGAGGCUUCAAGUUGGAUGCCUGAUGGAAGUUCAGUUUUGCAGCCAAUUUCAAUUGAGAAUUCUAAUGUUCAACAUGAAAACAUUACAAGGGAGGGUGCUGCGGUUGCGUUGCCAUAUGAAGGGAAGAAUAUAAUUGGAAAUUCUGCUGCUUCACUCAUUGACCUGAAUUCUGCUAAUGGAGUUCCAGGGCAAAGCUUUGGCCAGAAUUACCCUAGUUCCAGUUCAGUACCUUAUUCUAGCUUAAAUGCAGUUGGACAUGGUAAGCCAGUUAUCUCUUCACAGUCUAGUGGAGGAAGUGUGAAUGAUCCUCAAAACCUUGUCCUCUUACACGAGGCUACAUUGAACAGCAAACUAAAUGUUGGGGUUGCAAACUUGGCACAAGUAACUUCUGGAACUCCUCCAACUCAGAACAUGGUAAGCAAUGAACAGCUCACACAACUUACUGACCUUUCAGCCUCUCUAGCUCAGUUACUUGGAAAUGGGCAGCAACUUCCACAUCUUUCUGCUGCUCUUAAUCUCCAUAAUGCAAUGCAGGUUCCAUCUUUUGCCAACUCUGGAGGACCUGUUCAGCCACCUUCUGAAGCAACUCUAAAUUCAAAUCAGGACAUUCCACUCCAUAAGCAAUAUGGUCCUAUUUCUGACAGCAUGGAGUCCACUAAACGUGACAUGAGUAACAAGCCUCCGGGGUUUUCUUUGAAUUCUGCUGGACAAAUAGGAAUUACAGAUGGGAAACUAGAAGUUCUAUCUAAUAAACUUUUACCAUCUUUUGCUGCUAGACCAAACAGUGGUGAAAAUCAUAACAACCAGAGUUCAGAGAAGGAACAUAAUCUUGAGCCUGGAAGAAUUUCUGAGGUUAUGAAGGCAGAAAAUGGAGAAGGGGCUGAGGAAACCAAGAAAAUUCAAGAGCCAAAUAAGGGUGGUCUCUUGGAGAACAUAGAUGGAGAUGUCAAAGCUGAUGAGAGCAAGAAGAGUAAGGACAGCAAGGGUGUCCGGGCAUUUAAAUUUGCACUUGUUGAGUUUGUUAAGGACCUCCUAAAACCUGCAUGGAAGGAAGGGCAAAUCAGCAAGGAGGCUUACAAAAACAUUGUGAAGAAAGCUGUUGACAAGGUUACAUCUACAAUGCAGGGUACUAAUAUUCCUCAAACGCAAGAAAAGAUUGAUCAAUAUCUUUCUUCUUCAAAACCAAAGCUUAGCAAACUUGUGCAGGCUUACGUGGAAAAGUUUCAGAAGGCUAAUUGAAAUGUGAGACCUUGCUUUCUGUUAAAUUAUGUCAUCACAUAUCAAGCAAUGACAAUGUUUCCCUUUACCUCCUUUUUUCUUUUCCUAGUUUCUGCAGCAUCUAGGAAUGCUAAUCUGUUUCAUUUGUUGUAUUUAUUUCCUUGAGAACUGGGUUUGCUAGCUAUUUCAACUCAUGCAUGUAGAUAUAUUGCAGUUCUAUUUUGUAAGUUUAGGACAGGAUAUUUUCACCUUAUUUCGCAUAUGUUGGUAUGCAUAUUUUCUGUUGGUUUGGUUUUAUUUCUGGAGAAUUAUUUGUGAAUUAUGAUUGCUUUUUCUUGACAGCCUUUUGGUAUUAGGUUUCUAAAUGCCUUUUAUAUUUUAUUUAUUUUUGAAAACUUGGCAUUUUCAAGUGGGGUAGUGCAUUUAUACUGUCUAUUUAUUGGAAGUUAGAAGACUUUCUUCAAAUUCAUCUGUGCAACAUCACCUACAUAGUCAAGCAAUCAAAGUCUUUUACUUGCUACACAUUUCUCUUUGCAUCCAGAAUAUAAAAUGUAAAAUUAUAUUCAGUGAAGACUCUGUAUCUAAUUUGCUGGAAGCAAAGUUGUAUCAGAGUGACCUUAAUGUUCUGUUACAUUUCCAAGUAGAUCAUUUUCUUUUGUGUGUUCAAGUUUUGUGCUGUUUACAGUAAUGAACUCAAAGUUUCAUUGAGCUAUUCAAGACUGCACCACAGACGCGCAUCUUCUGCCCUUUCAGAUGGAAAAGUCUAGAUGAUUGCUGGAAAUUCUUAGCAGUUAGAAUGCAUGUCAUCUGUUAAUACAUACUCCUUGAGCAAAUUAAGAUACAGAAAUAGAACCUGCGUGUUUGAUGGAAUUGAGUUUGAGAGGAAUGGGAGGCGGUACUGAAUGUUGAAUUCAG